ACCGCUCUAUCCUCAAACACAAUAGUGCACAUAUUUCUAAUUGUUAAGUUACACGGAUAAGGCGUCAGUCAGUUACAUGUCACAUUUGAAAUGACUAUUUCUGCCCGUUAAGUUGUCUUGUCGGAGGUUAGCAAUUUGACGCCACCUAAGCUAACGUCAAUAUAACGUAAUUUCCCCUCUUGUUUUACGGCUAUACUUAAGAGGCACUGCUCCCAUGUUACACACUAUCUAAUUCAGCUGUCAACAAUCCAAAACUAUUGUUUACACACAGUGUUUUUCCGUCCGAGCGACGUGUGGACGACACUGGAUUUAGCGAGGUCGACAUUACGCCAGUUUUAAAGUAGCAGGCAGCAGCCAGGGGGGGAUUGCCCUCAGUUAAGCAUUAGCGCUAGCAGGCUAACACGCGGCCAAGCGGCGGGUUGUGAAUUUGUUCAUCGUUCAAUUCUCAUUUGAUCACCAACACCCGUGAGUUUGAGCUACCCGUGGGUGUGUGUGAGCUCUGCCCACCGUCCCAUGUACCUCUGUGUGGAUGAGAGAGAGUUAGAGGAGCCGGAGAGCUAACCAGCAGUCCUGUUAAACAUGGAGGAUGAAGAGGUUGCAGAGAGCUGGGAAGAGGCGGCGGACAGCGGGGAAAUAGACAGAAGGCUUGAGGCCAAACUGAAAAUAAACCAGGAGGCAAAGAAGUCCAUCCUGGGGUCUCGUGGCUCUCCUGUUCGGACUGCUAUUGUAAUUCAGGAUGACUCUUUGCCUGCAGCACCCCCACCACAAAUUAGAAUUUUGAAACGUCCCUCAAACGGUAAUGCAGGAAACCUUGCAUCCUCGACUCGUCCCUCUCAGCAGAUGAAGUCUCUGGCCCAGCGGGAGGCAGAGUAUGCCGAAGCACGAAGAAGGAUCUUGGGUAGUGCGUCUUCAGGUGAUGUGCCUCAGGACAAUCCAAGCCAGGACAGGCCAAGUCGUAUGAGCGUGCAGCAACCUUCAGAACCAAUUUGUCCAAACACUCAUGUGAUCCGCCAGCCCACUGGCCCGGAUGGCACCUCGGGCUUCAGACUCUGCAGAUAAACAGGAACUACUUGCUGCAAGGAAUCAGCUGUCUACCUAGGAGGGCAUAAAGGGUGGCAGUUAAAGGGGUUGUUUGUGGUAUGAAGAGCAGAGCGGUGGGAUGAGACAAAAUGUAACAGACAAAAGUAUUACGAAGACGCAGCAUGGAUUGAAAUGAGCUUCUCCACCCUCUCUCUACUCUGCUUACUGGCAUGGUCUUUGGCUUUCACAUUGUCUUUUCCUUCUGUGGAAAGCUGCAAGGGCCUGGCAGAGAUCCGCCAAAGAUCUGAAACCCCUUCUGUUCCACACUGUGAACAGGCUUUGGCCUCACAUCCCUACACACUGUGAUACUUUGAUGCCACAUGAGGUGCCCUAUGAUUUUAAGUAUGAUUGGCCAGACAAGGACAUCAGGUGUCUGUCUCUUCAGGGAGAAUAAGAAGAGCUCUCCAAUAUGUGGGAGUUCCCCGGAGAGAAGCAAGCUAACGAGCUGGCCUUUCCACUGAUGGAGCGUGGAUCAUGGCUGGGUGUCCACCGGAGAGCUGGCCUUAGUUUGUUGGGUCCAGUGGAAAUUAAGUGUGUGACAGGGCUGAGAGUUUACUAUAUGUCCAACAGCUUGAGUGCAAGUGAGAGAAAGUCAAACUGAUCCAACAGUUUGAGGGAAAGUGCACUGUGCUCAAAAGGGCAUUUUUAUACUGUAGUUGCGUAACAAUGGCGGAGGCCCAUAGCAGGUCUUUCCACCAUCCAUAGGCCUCCGUUCGGCCCUUGUGGCCAUGAAAGAAACGCCCGGUGGGCACACAGCCUGUGGUCAAAGAUUGCAGAUCUCAAGGACAGAAUGUCACUAAAUCAAAGCUUAUUCAAGCAAUAAGACAAAUUUACUCCCUGUAUUAUUUUUACAAACUGCCUAAUAACCUGUGCUGUGUUGUUUGAAGUUACCCUUUUUUUAAAUAGUUAACGGUAUUUUUCCCAUGUUUGUGUUUUUUUUUCUGAGACAAAAGUAUGUUUGAGAUCAGUAGUUUGCCAGAUAUUAGAUGAUUUAGCCUUCAGACGAAACUUUAUUGGUAGUGUCAUUAAAUGUUAUGAAAGUGGAAGAAGUCGGAGCUAUUCAUGAAUUGAAAAUCUUAAGUCAUUGUGCGUUAAUGUCCCAGUGUGUGUUGCCUUGCUGUUUAUCUAAAUUGCUGUGUUGGAACCUCUCUUACAGCCAACUGCAUUGCAUCGGUCCAGACAAGACGAUUUUGAUCAGUUUUCGCACCAGUUUAAAUAUAUUGACUGAUUGUGUUAAGAUUAUGGUUUAGUCUUCAGAAAUAACUAUUUGAUGCCCAGCAUGGAGGAUGAUACAAACAUGACAUCUGCGUUUCUUUUUUUGAAAAAGGUUAGGACAUUUUUUGUUAGAACUACAAAUAUGAACACAAAUAUUUUGGAAAUCUCAAACUCUAUUAUUUUCCUUAACAACGAAGCCAAAUGUCCCAUGCCCGGAUUGAAUGUCUUUCAUGUGGUGUUUUUCCACACAGAGAUACACCAUCCUUUGCUACCCAUUGAAAUAAAAGUUUGCAAAUCAUGAAAUCAAUAAACUCAUCAAAUACUGAUAAUUACUGCAGCUAUUUUUGAGCCCUUUGACACUUGUAUGCCUUAAAUUAAAACAUAUUCCUACACACACUUUCCAACGGGUAGUGCUUGCUAAUAUUGAGCUUUCUGUGUAUUGUAAUAGAAUUUAUUUAACAAAAUAAUGAACCAAUGUCAUUGAGGCACAGUUUAUAGCAGCAACAGCUUUAGGCAUGUAAUAAAUCAUAUUCAGUAAGCGUGCAAUAACGCUUUUGUUAAGGAAGUGUAAGACGUUUGACCAUAAUUUAUCCAAAUAGUUUCCAAUGUCAGAAAACCAUCGAUUGGUAAUAUUUGCAAGAAAAAAGGUGAAUUGAAACUGACGAAUGGCAAAUUAAAUAACCUUCACACAGCAUCCAACUUAGAAAAAUUGAUUGACCUGCUACAUUUGGACCACUUUUACAACCUCACUUGCUUCGAGAACACACGAAAAACAGUCAUUUAGGGUAAUAAUGAAUUCAUUGUUUAUUGUCCAUUUGUGAGAGUUGAAGAUUCUGUUAUUGAUAUACAAGUGUCUAUUGCAGCUCUAACAUCUCAAUGUUUUUGUUUUAUGACUUUGUACACUAAUUGUUAUACUGUCCCAGGAAUUAGGUUCAAUAAUUGAAAUGGAUUUACUAUCCUUUCAAAUUGAAAAUGAAAAGCGAAAAAAAAAUCCUGUAUCUAUAUGAUCUACACAUGAAGCUUUGUUUCAGUCAUUCACCACCAUCUGUUUACUUUGAGGUGGAUUUGAUGUCAUUGUCUACUUAAAACUUGAAAAACAAAUGAAAUUUGAAUACCCUUUAAUAAACACACUUCAAACUUG